AUUUGUAGAAGCGAAGGUAUAACGACCACUUCUGAGUUCUGCUUGUAAGAAGAAAUCCCAAACCUUUAAUUUGUUUAUUGAAUUUUAGUCUAUGGUCUGAAAAUCCAAAUUAGAUUACUAGAGCUUUUGUAAUCUUUUUCCUUUUUGUAUAAUAUCCAUAUAUACUACUGGAAUAUACCUCUUCCUCCACCUAACUUUGCUUCAUUUUGAAAAAUUGGAAUUCCAUUCAUUCAUUUCUUUUUUCUCUGAAGAAACUAUUAUAGCAAUGCAAAAUUCGGAAAAUCAUCACCCACACCACCAUCACCACCACUCAGAUACGGAGAUUAUAGGAAAUGACAGAGCGUCGUACAGCGGUCCUUUAAGCGGACCGCUGAACAAACGAGGCGGCAAAAAGAGCGCGAGAUUUAACAUACCGGAAUCUACAGAUAUCGGAACUAGUGCCGGAGCGGGCGCCAAGUCCAAUGACGAUGCUUACGUGGAAAUCACUCUCGAUGUCCGUGAAGAUUCCGUGGCUGUCCACAGUGUAAAAACUGCCGGCGGCGCUGACGUGGAAGAUCCUGAGUUGGCUUUAUUGGCUAAAGGUCUGGAGAAGAAAUCUACCUUGGGAUCUUCACUUGUCCGAAAUGCUUCUUCGAGAAUCCGGCAAGUGUCGCAAGAGCUCAAGCGAUUGGCUUCCUUAAAUAAGCGCCCAAUUCCUACGGGAAGGUUCGAUAGGAAUAAAUCAGCUGCUGCUCAUGCUCUUAAAGGUCUUAAGUUCAUCAGCAAAACUGAUGGCGGCGCUGGAUGGGCCGCCGUCGAGAAGCGGUUCGAUGAGAUUACUGCUUCCACUACUGGCUUGCUUCCUCGGGCCAAAUUUGGAGAAUGCAUAGGUAUGAAUAAGGAGUCUAAGGAAUUUGCUGGAGAGCUAUAUGAUGCGCUUGCUCGGAGGAGAAACAUCACAACGGAUUCCAUUAAUAAAGCACAGCUCAAAGAGUUCUGGGACCAAGUUGCAGACCAAAGCUUUGAUACUCGGCUUCAGACCUUCUUUGACAUGGUUGAUAAAGAUGCGGAUGGCAGAAUCACAGAAGAAGAAGUCAGAGAGAUUAUAGGCCUUAGCGCGUCUGCCAAUAGGCUGUCAACUAUCCAGAAACAAUCUGAUGAAUAUGCGGCAAUGAUCAUGGAAGAGUUGGAUCCUAAUAACCUGGGAUACAUUAUGAUUGAGAACUUGGAAAUGCUAUUACUACAAGCACCAAAUCAAUCGGUGCAGAGAGGAGGCGAAAGCCGGAACUUGAGUCAGAUGCUAAGUCAGAAACUUAAGCACACACAAGAGCCAAAUCCAUUAGUGAGAUGGUAUAAGAGUUUUAUGUACUUUUUACUGGAUAAUUGGCAAAGAGUUUGGGUAUUGUUGCUGUGGAUUGGAAUCAUGGCUGGUCUAUUUACUUGGAAGUAUAUUCAGUAUAAAGAAAAAGCUGCAUACCUUGUCAUGGGUCCCUGUGUGUGUUUUGCUAAGGGUGCUGCUGAGACACUCAAGCUCAACAUGGCUAUCAUUUUACUUCCAGUGUGCAGAAACACCAUUACCUGGCUUCGUAACAAGACCAGAUUAGGUGUUGCUGUUCCUUUUGACGAUAAUCUCAAUUUUCACAAAGUGAUAGCAAUCGCGAUUGCACUUGGGGUUGGAAUACACGGACUAGCUCAUUUAACUUGUGAUUUUCCUCGGCUUCUGAAUGCAAGUGAAGAAGAAUAUGAACCAAUGAAGUACUAUUUUGGAGAACAACCCGAAAGCUAUUGGUGGUUUGUGAAGGGAGUUGAAGGGGUAACUGGAAUUAUAAUGGUGGUACUAAUGGCAAUAGCUUUUACACUAGCAACCCCAUGGUUUAGAAGAGGCAGAGUCAGUUUCCCAAGACCUUUUCACAAGCUCACUGGAUUCAAUGCCUUUUGGUACUCACACCAUCUAUUUGUCAUUGUCUAUACUCUACUUAUUGUCCAUGGAGAAAAGCUAUACAUUACCAAAGAUUGGUACAAGAGAACGACAUGGAUGUACCUUACUGUCCCACUAGUACUCUAUGCUGGUGAAAGGUUGCUUAGAGCAUUCAGGUCAAGCAUCAAAGCUGUUAAGAUUUUGAAGGUGGCCGUGUAUCCAGGAAAUGUGUUAGCCCUUCACAUGUCAAAGCCACAAGGCUACAAAUACAAAAGUGGGCAAUACAUGUUCGUCAACUGUGCUGCGGUUUCACCAUUUGAAUGGCACCCAUUUUCCAUAACUUCGGCCCCAGGAGAUGACUAUCUCAGUGUUCAUAUUAGAACUCUUGGUGAUUGGACCAGACAACUUAAAACUGUUUUCUCUGAGGUUUGCCAGCCUCCACCUAAUGGGAAAAGUGGACUCCUUAGAGCUGACUACUUGCAAGGAGAGAAUAAUCCUGAUUUCCCAAGAGUGUUAAUAGAUGGACCAUACGGAGCACCAGCACAAGACUACAAGAAUUAUGAGGUGGUAUUAUUGGUGGGUCUUGGAAUUGGAGCCACACCAAUGAUCAGUAUCGUUAAAGACAUUGUCAACAACAUGAAGGCCAUGGACGAAGAGGAAAAUUCCUUGGAAAAUGGACACGGAAUGUCAAAUGCAGCACAAAAUGCUAGCCCCAAUAUUGCACAAAAGAGGGGUAAAUCAGGUUCAGCCAGUGGAAGAAAUAACUUUAACACAAGGAGGGCAUAUUUCUAUUGGGUUACUAGAGAACAAGGUUCAUUUGACUGGUUCAAAGGUAUAAUGAAUGAAGCUGCUGAAAUGGACCAUAAGGGAGUAAUUGAAAUGCACAAUUAUUGUACAAGUGUUUAUGAAGAAGGUGAUGCUCGUUCUGCUCUUAUAACUAUGCUUCAGUCACUUCAUCAUGCCAAAAAUGGUGUAGACAUUGUUUCUGGCACGAGAGUUAAGUCGCAUUUUGCAAAGCCUAAUUGGAGAAACGUCUACAAACGCAUUGCUCUCAACCACCCCGAGGCUAAAGUUGGAGUCUUCUACUGUGGGGCACCGGCACUCACGAAAGAGCUAAAACAACACGCCUUGGAUUUUUCACACAAGACAUCCACCAAGUUUGAUUUCCAUAAAGAAAAUUUUUGAUCAAGAAAUGGACCAUUAAACAGACCAUUAAGAAUUCGUCAAAACAGUCAAAACAGCUAAGGACACAAGUUGUUUUUCUAGAAUCCACCACCUCUCCCUAUUGUGUACAGAUAAUGUUGCACACCAAGUUGAUAAAUAUUAAUUGUGGUUGUAAUAUUAGUAUAUUGCAAAAAAUAAGAUAUAUAGAUAGAUGCUGAAGGAAUUAAGAAUCUUCUCUUGGAGAAAGGCAGGCUCAAGAUAGUGGAGUUGAACUUGUUUUUAUGGGUGCCACCAACCACUAAAUUGGAUUUUACAGUAUAAUUGCAUAGAGGAAGGUGGUUGUCAUCAUUGUUUUUAUUGUUUAUUUUUUGUACUCUUUUACGUGGUGGAAGAGAGAGUCAACUAGCCACCUACUUAGUAAUUAUUGACCAUGAUAUGUGAAUGUUUAAUAAUUUCCAGUAAUAAUUGUAAACUAGGCCUUGUAUAAAAGAGUUAAAUAGUUUGAAUACCAUAACUGAAUGCUAUAAAAUUAUUCUUUUUAGUAGGAUGUUGAUGA